AUGGAUUUGGGUAAAGGAAAAGUUAAGAAAGGAUUGAUGAUCAAAACAUGGGAGAGAUGCAAAUCCUUUAGUGGGCUUGGAAGAAAAAACUCUUCAGGAAUUCGGCAUGCUCUUAAGAUGAAGAGCAAAUCAUGGCCUCGUGGCCUAAUAGGCGGCACCACCAGCUCCGAUGAAAACCGAGGAAAAAAAUAUCGAGUGGCGCCGGAAGGUUGUUUCUCAAUCUAUGUGGGACCUCAAAAACAAAGGUUCGUAAUCAAGACUGAAUGUGUUAAUCAUCCUCUCUUCAAAACCUUACUUGAAGAAGCUGAAUCGGAAUAUGGAUAUAGUNNAGCUGAAUCGGAAUAUGGAUAUAGUACUGAUGGCCCUCUUAUGCUGCCAUGUGAUGUUCAUAUUUUUGUAAAAGUGCUGGUGGAGAUGGAAUAUCCCGACGAGAUUAAUAGUCUGCAGGGAUGCAACUUUGCUAGGAGUCACAGCUCUUACCACCUCCUCACGCCGCCGCGAAUUGUGGUGAUGAAUAAAUUUUAA